AUAAAAUCUCCGCCAUAGUCAAUAUAAAAACUAUUUAAAUAUUCGAAUUCAACGGAAACAUUACUUAUUUUUGUUUGGAAAUUAAAAUCCACCUACUUUUCUAGUAACGUUCCGCGUAAUUGCGUAAAGUCCGUGUUUUGUUGCCACAUCGUGCAGAAUGCUGCAGGGAGCGAGCGGGUGCGGUUUCCUAGAAAGAUUAGUUGCUAGUUUGCACAGCUGCAAGAGAUUGGUAAUAACAAUGAUUGGAAUCUAGGCUAGCUGGAAGACAAAAAAAUGGACCUAAAAGCUGACAUUUCCGAUGCAUUACAGAUUCCUGUCGAAAAGCUCGAAAUUUGUCGUCAACAUGCAGCUAUUGCAACUGUUCCAACUAAAUGGCUUGAAAAGCUCAGAAGUUGCCAAUGCAAUUCUGAUUUGAGUGUUGAUAAGGAAAUAUGGGAAAUGUUUAAUAAAGAAUCGAUGACAAAUUAUAUGCCUGAUGAUUGGAUAAAUCUUGUCAUUAGUGUAUUAAAUUGCACUGAAUUGGGCAUGGACAUUGUGAAAGAUGCAGGAAAAAGUGAAGUUCCUCACAAACUAUUUGACAAGUCAUUUAUUGGGACUUUUUCAAUUAUAGCAGAAGAGAAUAAAAACGGUUUAUUCAAAGAUUUAGUUCGUUCAAGUGAGCAGUGUUAUUGCAUAGAAGAAAAGAAAGAUUUGGAUUUCAAGUCUGAGAAUAAAACAGAAAUUGAAUGUUGCUGUGAAGUUAUUUCAAGAAUCCAUGGCGUACCGCUAAUAGACUUUACAAAAAAUGAAUCCAACGGUACAAAGUUUGACAAUGUCGAUUCUAGGUCCGGAAAUGAUUCUCACUUGAGUAUGAGCAAUGACGAAACAUCUCAUACGAACUUGAAAAGGGCAAUAGUCGCUGUUUUGAAAAACAGUAAAAUUUUUUUGAUCAAUAAUGUUAUGAAUUUUACUGUGAAAGAUGCAUUGAUGUACAGUCCAGCGCUACUUCCAAGUGAAAGCAUCAAAACUCUAUUUAUAUUAUACCAAACAAACCAGUUUUUUCACCAUUUUCAAGAAAAUUGUAACCUCGAUUUAAGCUUGUUGCAUUGGAGAAAUGUUGAACUUGAUACAAGGUUGUGGGUAAAAGUUAACUUGACCGAAAAAGUUUUUUUGAAAACACAAGAUACCAGUAAAGAUGAAAGUUUCAUAAAUAAGUCUAACAGUUCGUCUCAGACUCAAAAUAGUGCCAAAAAAGCACAAGAUAAUAAUGUCAAUAAUGACAGCCUGUCAGACAGUUUAGACAGUUUUGAAAUGAAAGAAACUGUCAAUGAAAAUCGUGAUCAGAAUCAACUUUUUGAUUUGCUGGAUAAAUGGAUCUGUGGUGAACUAAGCAAUUUCGACUACUUGAUGUUUCUGAAUAAACUAUCUGGUCGAUCAGGAAAAGAUCCGAACCACCAUCCAGUGUUGCCAUGGGUUUCAAACUUUGAUUUUGAUGAUGGAGAAUCAUGGAGAGACCUUACAAAAUCUAAGUACAGGCUUAAUAAAGGUGAUCGUCAACUCGACAUUCAGUACACUAUGAUGCGAGAUAGCGCGGAUGAGAAAGAUACAAAGUCUCGAUUUCGUGCUCCGAAUCUUCCCCAAGUUCCGCAUCAUGUCCCAGAGUUCUUAUCUGAUAUUACGUACUAUGUUUACAUGGCAAGAAGGACAUCGAAAGAUAUUUUAUGCAAACUUGUGAGGUCUUACUGGGAACCAAACGAAUAUCCAGCCAGUAUUCAACGCAUGCAAGUAUGGACACCAGAUGAAUGCAUACCAGAGUUUUAUACCGAUCCUACGGUAUUCAAGUCUAUACAUGAAGACAUGACUGAUCUUGCUGUACCUAAGUGGUGCAGAGAUGCUGAAGAAUUUGUUAGAAAACAUAGGGCAAUGUUAGAAAGUGAACAAGUUUCUCAGCAACUUCAUUAUUGGAUCGACGUUACAUUCGGUUACAAGUUAUCGGGGGCAGAUGCAGUGGAGGCAAAAAAUGUCUGUCUCCCUCUAGUGGAUAAUCAUACAAAACAAACUAACAGAGGAAUUGUCCAAUUAUUCAACGCUCCUCAUCCGAAAAGACGCUGUAGAAUUCAGGCACCAGAACCUCCUUUCAAAAUUAAUGUUGUCGAUGAUGAAAGUUCAAUUGACUUCCCACCAUCAUAUGAUCCUCUGAAAGAACUUGAUGAAUUAGAAAAAUUAUUGAAAUUCAAAGCUAAAACAUGGAAAAGAAUUGAUUCUACCAAUACACUCAGUAAUGCUUUGGAAUCAUCAAGAAACUCUUUUGCCAGUAGAGGUCAGCAUAGGACUAUUUUGUCUGACCGAAAUGUCGUAACUCUUAUUUGUCUGAUGAUCGAACUCUAUCUCCCUCAAGAGGUCAGAACGAUGAAUAAAGAGGUCUCUCUCGACGAAAGGUUUAAGAUGUGCAUUCAAUGUUAUAAACUUCACAAGUCUCGACUUUCCUCAGGAAUUAACUUUGCAAUUCAGUAUUUUCUCACGAAUCUCAGAAAUUCUGAAGAAGAGACCUAUCUCCAACUUGCCAAGACUUCAAAUUCUUCUCAUUGUGUGACAAACUAUGCAUCUAUAUUUAAAACUGUGUCUGAUAGGGGACUUCCCCCUCCUACACCUGCUCUCUUGUUAUCAUCGUAUGCCCAUAUUUUACCUUUUCCACCCUACUUUGAAGAUCUCUAUGAACUUAUGGAUAUUAUUCUGAUGAAUACAGAUCAUUAUAACAAACCUCUCAGUGAUCAAAUAUUAUCAAAAGUUACGAGGAAACUAUAUGAAUUGUUUGAGAAACUUCACGAUACGAGAGAAUGUCUCCUCAUACUGACACCUCAUAUUCAACGACUACUAUGCCAAGCUACUGUGCCUGCAGUCAAGUUUUUACUUCAUAAUUUUGAAACUUUGUCAAAAGCUAUGGGAUCGAAGGCAACUUGCAAUGAGAUUUUCCCUCAUAUUCUUGCCUUGUAUGAAGCAUCUAUAAAUAAACAUACAGAGAGAAAGGAAGAUAAUUUAAGCAGUGAGCCUGAAGUUCUCAGUGAAUCUGACAUUUCAAAAUCUUUCCCAAAUGAUGAAACUGGAAGUGAUGAUGCACAGGCUGGCACAGAAGACAUUGAAACUGUCAGUUGGCUCAGUGAUGAAGUUGAAGAAAUAAAUCUUAAGACUAAAAUAAGAAAACCAGAAAAACAAUCCAGGGAUACAGAAUCAAACAAUGAUGAAUAUGAUACAACUAUUCUGGCAGAAUUAUAUAAGGAAUCGUUUCUACUACAAUUAAAUACAAGACUUGGUUUGAAAGUUUUCAUAGAAAAUUUACCAAGAUGCUUAGCUGAUGCCGUGGUUUCGUAUGAAUUUUCUAUUUCAGUAACUGCAAAACAAAGUAUCUGUUGGUUGAUGCAAAGAAUUGGACCAACUUUGACAUCGAAAUAUAUUGUUCGACAUUUAUUCAGAGUUCUUAGCAGAUGUUUUCUCUUCAGUGAAGGUUCAAAACCUUCAAACUCUGACUGCCAUAAACCAGUACUAGAUUGUUUGAUUCAUGCUGCAUCAUUGUUUGGGCCAUCUAUGCUGACAUUGCAAUAUUUUGCUCAUCUUAUACAUAAUAUUUCAUCUGCUGCUCACCAUCCCAAAUAUGCACCUCGGCAUCAGGCUGCAGUUGAGGCUAGUGUUGCCGCGGUGACUCAUUUCAUAACUUUUCUCACCGACACAUCACUCAUGGAACAAUUGAAAAGACUUUCAAAAGAAAUUAUCUGCCCGAUAUUAGAUCUGCUGGCUCGAACUGAUGUAAGUUUCUACGGAGGAGCCGAAGCUCGUAAAUCACUUUGUUUGAAAGUAAUUCACAUGAUGGCGCUAUUGCUUAUUAGAAUAGGGAGAGAGAUGUCUCGUCAACAUCUUACACCGCUGUUCCAAACAUUUUUCAGCCACUUCUCACAUCAACAAAUUUCGAGCUCUGAAGUUUCUCAUCCAGGCGUGAAAUCUCAACAAUUGAAUCGAUCUUUUGAUUCAGUAGAUUCAGAUGCUGUCAUCAUUCAUCAUGAUAUAGAUACCAGAACUUUUAAGGUUGGGAACACUGUUUUGCAAGAGAGUUCCAGUGGAAUGAGAAGGCAAUUACAUAAGUCUUGGUUCAAUUAUUCGCCAACCCCUUCACCUAACAAGGGAAUUCAGGAAUCAAGAUCAUUUGACAAUGAAAAUGCUAUUGACAAUCUGCAAGAAAUUUGGGCGACAUUUUGUCCAGAGACUGCUUAUUGUUCUUAUAUCUCAUUCACUCGUUUUCUCGGGAAUAUUUACAUGGAGAAAAUAUUGGGGAAAGAUUAUGACCAUAUAUGGAAAUUGAGCUCCCAACAUGAGAAGAGUAUGAAUGGGGAAAGUGGUCGAUUGAUGUCAACCUCCCAAUCUUAUUCAACACAAAGUAGUUAUACUUCUGACAUCACAAUGGUUGGAAAUAAAUUGAUUGUUGCAUCAGAGACUCCACAGAUAGAAACAAAAUCCAAUCUGGAAUCUGAUGAUGAUAUUAUGACUACUCUCCUGACAUCUAGUGGUGGCAUGAACGCAGAAGGCAAACUUGAAGGAAGUGCAAGAAGAAAUUUGCAAGAGUUCCCCUCCUCUCAACUGACAGAGAAUUGGUUGGCAUAUUGGGAACAUGAAAUCGGACUUCCGGAGAAUGACAGACAUAUUCAUUUCAAUCAGAUUGAACUACAACCAUUUAGUGGUCACAGUGGUGCAGUCAGAUGUUUAUCAUGUCAUCCAUCAGAAGAAUGGUUUGCAUCGGGUGGAAAAGAUAAACUUGUCAAACUUUGGUCUCUUUGGAAUAAUAAUACAAGUACUGGGGGGAAGAAAGACAAGCAGCCUUCAACAACAAAUCCAUCAUUUAUUUAUAAAAGUCAUAAGAAAACAAUAAAUUACGUUGGAAUUGUGGAGUCUGAACAAUACAUACUAAGUUGUGAUGGAAGUAUGCAUGUGUGGGAUCCAUAUACUGGCCAACAGGUGAAUGUCUACGAUAGCACAGAUGUUAAAUCUGGAUUUGCAUUAGCUGCAACAUUGCCAGCACCUCAACGAUAUGCUCUGGCGAUCACCAAUGAAGCGAAUGUACGGUUCAUUGAUUUUAGACGGAAAAUUCUUGCGCAUGAGUUCAAAACUGUUGCUGGAAAUUCUGUCGGGAUUGCAAGGGCGAUGUGCACCACAAAUGAUGGUCAAUGGGUUGCAAUUGGGUUUUCUACAGGAGUUAUAUCUAUAUUGGAUGUCAGGAAAGGUUUGCUUUCUAUGAGACAAGGACAUGAUGCUGAUAUAUCUACAAUGGCUUCAGUAUCUGAAAAGCAGUUUUUGACAGCAUCUGCAGAUCAGACUGUAUCUCUCUGGGAAGUGCAAGGCAAACCACAACCAAUUUUCAUAUAUAAAACUUAUCAAGAACCUAUUCAUGUGAUACAAACAUUUAAUGAUGAAAUUAUUGCUGGAUCUGUUGCAAAUAGAAUUACUGUUCAUAGAUUACCAGCAGAAAGUGGAAAUAGUGGGAUGAAUGAUCCAAAACAGAUAUCGGAACCUCGUGCAAUGUCAAAAUUCAGAUCUGAUUCAUUCAAAGGAGUUUUGACUUCAUUUUCAGUGCUCCCAAUGAAACGACAACUCUUGGUUGCUUCAGACAAUGGGAACAUUAAAUUAAUGGCAUGAAUAACGCUUCUGCACCAUUUUAAAUUAAAGUAGUUCAUAAAUUUA